AUGGAAGGGGAGAAUAGAUAUUUUAAACAACGAGUGAACGCCGCGGGAAAGUUAGGUUUUACCGCACUUCAAAAGUGUACAGCCGCAAUUCGACAACUAGCAUACGGCGUGGCGAGCGAUUUGCUAGACGAGUACUUGCAAAUGUCGGAAAGGACCGCACGAGAGGCGCUUGGCCAUUUUUGUAGUGGUGUAAUUCGAUUGUAUGGACGUACAUACCUACGUAGACCAACAUGGACUGAUUUUCAACGUAUAUACGAUGUGCAUGAAAGAGUUCACGGUUUUCCCGGUAUGAUUGGUAGUAUUGACUGGUCUCAUAAUGACAUUAACGUAUUCGAGUCAUCUCCUGUGCUUGAAGAUCUUAUAUCUGGUUUGGCGCCCUCAGCUUCCUUUUAUGCAAACGGUAACUUCUAUCAGAGGGGGUACUACCUAGGUGACGAGAUAUACCCCAAGUAUGCUACAUUCAUCAAGACUUUUACUGAUCCAAUUGACGAGAAGAGAAAGCUUUUUAAGAAAAAGAAAGAGUCGGCACGUAAGGGUAUAGAAAGGGCUUUCAGUGUGUUAAAAAGGAGAUGA